AUGUGUAAAGCUGCUGCAGAUCAUGUCCAUGGUUGUUGGAAGAGGUGUUGGGAGCUUGAAAUAGAUUCUAAUUCAGGAAAUUGUGUAGUAUUUGCUUGCUAUGGUUCUGCACUGGUGACAUUUUGUUCUAUGGACAAAAGAAUGAAGACGGAAGAAGUAGAGCCCGUUCCACUUUCUCCAAUUACUUUCUUUUUUAAAAAAAAAGCAUGCUUUUGCAGUGGAUGUGAUGGGUUUUUGGAGGAUGACCAUGUGGAAAGGAUUGUUUGUUUGUCACCAUCUGAUUCUGGCCUGUUUAUAAAGGAAAUAGUGGCUACACCUAUGCGUGGAACUGCUAGCUUUUUGUCCGCAAGAAACAUUUUCAAGCAAGUCUGCCCUGCGAAAGGAGCAUGGGGUACAGUGGCUACUUCAACACUGAAGAAGCAAACAAGCAAUGACAUAGGGGCAAAAGGAAAAAGGAUUACUAAUGACAGGGUUGAUCCUAUUGUUGCUUUCAGCAAACCCCCACCGCUUCCGCCUGUUCUCGGACCAUUUGUUGCUCUCUCAGUAGUGGAAUCAUGGUAUAGUGAUGAUGACUGACAGGUGAUGUGAAGCCUUUCCUUCAAGUGUCCACUAGUUGGAGAAGAUCUUAGAGAUCAAGAUGAAUAUCUUGAGUGUGCUGAUGAGCAAGUGCUUUGUGAAUUUCCAGAGUUUAAUGUACCAUCCCAGAACUGGGUUUAUAAAUGGCCAUAAAACCAUCUUGUAGACCUUCAGUAUUUCUUGUAGUAUAAGAUGGAAAUUGUCUAGGAACCCUGCAGGACCCAGAUAUUCAAUGUUUAUUGGAAUGUGAUGUCUCAAUGGUAACUUUUAGCUUAUAAA